AUUCGCGUCCAGACGUUAGCGCUCCGGAGAGCCCGACAACACUGACUUUUCCCCUUUUUUUAAUCAAGUCCUAUCCAUCAGCCGAUAGAGGCUUUUCGAAUAUGGUCUGUGGCGGAUUCACCUGCUCCAAAAAUGCGCUUUGUUCCCUGAAUGUGGUUUAUAUGCUGGUCGGGCUGCUGCUGAUCGGAGUAGCAGCAUGGGGGAAGGGGUUCGGCCUGGUGUCGAGCAUCCACAUCAUCGGAGGGGUCAUCGCGGUGGGCGUCUUCCUGCUGCUCAUCGCUAUUGUCGGCCUCGUAGGAGCAAUACACCAUCACCAAGUCAUGCUUUUCUUUUACAUGGUCAUUCUUUUCAUCGUUUUCCUCUUCCAAUUUGGAGUUUCCUGUUCCUGCUUGGCAAUGAAUCGUGGGCAGCAGGAGGCACUUCUGAACUCUACUUGGAGAGUGUUGGACGACAAGACCAAAACAAACCUGGAGAGCCAGCUGGACUGCUGUGGGCUCCUGAACGUCACCAACAGCCGGAAAGAGUUUGAUCAGGACUGGCAGAACUGCACCGCUUUAUGCAAAAAGUCAACCCUCGGCUGUUUCACCUGCGGAGAGAAGAUGCUAGAUCAUGCAACGGAGGCUCUGAAGAUCCUCGGGGGCGUCGGGCUCUUCUUCAGCUUCACAGAGAUCCUGGGAGUGUGGCUCGCCGUGCGCUACAGGAACCAGAAGGAUCCGCGAGCAAACCCAAGUGCUUUCCUAUAGUCUGUCCCACGUACGCAGCUCCGCGCUGCAGAUGCAGUUUCAGACACACUGGUACACAUAGAAACAUGCACAUCUAGAGGCAGACAUUCAGUACAACACCACUACAACCACAACUACACAGAAUGGACGAGCGCACGCAGCACCUGACACACACACUUAUACACACACACUUACACACACACACACACACACACACACACACACACACACACACCUUCACCUGAGACUGAGAAACUACACCCACCUGUCCAGAAAUAUGCCAGAGCUGGAAGACCUGGAUACUUAUGUAUGAAAGGAUAUCUUGUAAUACCAAGAAGUGUGACUUGUUGGUAUCGCGACCCAGCCUUGAUUUGAGUACCAGAUUUCCUGCUAGUGUCCGACUGAGGGAUGAGACGUCCCUGCAUGUGUCCUGCGCCUGCACAGACAAACAGCCUCCCUGUUGUUUCCAUUCCAAAAUGACUGUGCCGUGUCCAACAAAAUAACUUGUAUGCACCUUGAAAUUUUUCCUCUCGUCUCUAAUGUAGUGCCACCACAUAACGACAAAUAUAUUCCUCUGGUCAGUGCUAUCGGUGAUUUGUAGAACUGUAAACAUGCCCAGUGUGAUGAGUUUGUUCGAAAGAGAAGGCGCAGACUGGACAUGUGGUGUGAAGUAGUUUUUGACUUAUGUGUACAUUUUUUCAGACGCCACAAAUGCCGGGAUUCGACUGGCCUGAUAGCACCAUGCUGAUGACGUGAGCUCAAUUUUCUGAUUCUCUCUCAGUGAGGACUCGCUGCCGCCCCAAGUACUCGCCCUGACAGACACACUCCUAACGCAGAUCCUGACAUUUGCACUGCCUCUGCGACACAAAUACACUGUUAUGUUAGACUGUAACAGUAGAUCGAAAAAAUGCAAUUCAGUUUUAUUUGCA